AUGGAUCAGCUUUGCAGUCUACCUGGUAUUUACAACCGAAUGGAAGCGGAGAAAUUCCAACUUCCAUCUCUUGCCGGGGAGAAUUCCGAUUCCAAUAUUCGCAUACCGCUCAACUCGUGGCUGCCAUUUACAGGCAGUCAAAAAUCAAGCACGGGAAGUCGCACGGCAGUUCGUGUACGGCUAGUGGCCCGCGUGCGCGAUGCAUGCCCUCGACAGGUUGACGAACUUCGUGAUCUCAUACUGCUUGCAUGCGAGCGAUGUCAGUCCGCUGUACGCAUCACUUGUCUACUAGAUCCGAACGAGUAG